AUGAGCCCGUGUCAUAGUAGACUCUAUGGGGCUGUCUGUAGAAGGUUCUUCUCAUCUGGCCGUUUCCACGGAGCAGAGUUUACUAGCGGCCAGCCGCUUUUCGAAAAUAGACCACAUAUGGUUCGAGAAGGUGAACUGACUACUGGAAUUUCAGCCCAAGAAUAUUAUGAAAGAAGACUUCGUUUGGCCAAGAAUAUGACUCGGGCGAGUAUUGCCAUUCUUCCAGGUCAAUCUAUAAGAUACGCGUCGGGAAGUGUGUUUUAUCAAUUUCAACAGAACACUGAUUUAUACUAUUUCACUGGAUGGAAUGAACCUGAUUCUGUGGCUAUCAUUGAAAAACCAACUGAUAAGUUAGAAGAUGUUGUAUUUCACAUGUUGGUUCCUCCAAAGGAUAAGACUGCUGAACAAUGGGAAGGUUAUCGUACAGGCGUACAAGGAGUCCAGGAAAUUUUCAAUGCUGACGAGGCUGACACCACCAAAAAUGUAGCAUCUUACGUCUCGAAGCUAUUGAACAGGAACAGCACAGUGUUCUAUGAUUUUGAGGACGCUUCCGAGUUGACGUUAACCUCUCUAUACAACAAGUUCUUUCAAAAAUCAAACUCCAAAUUUUCUGGCACGCUUGAAUCUCUUUUGAAGGAGCAUAGAGUAUCUGUUAAGUCUCUCUCAUACAUUUCUAAUUCUUUAAGAGCAGUCAAGUCACCUGCGGAGCUUGAUGUUAUGCGAUUGGCAGGCAAAAUUUCAGGAAGAGCCUACAAUCAAGCUUAUGCCCAACGGUUCCCAACGGAGAAACAUUUAUGUGCGUUCUUGGAGUAUCAAUUCAUAGCAGGUGGCUGCGACAAAUCAGCCUACGUCCCAGUCGUCGCAGGAGGAGACCAUGCUCUUUGUAUCCAUUACACCAGAAAUGAUGAUGUGUUCAAAGAAGACUCCUUGGUUUUAGUUGAUGCUGGGGGGAAUUUGGGAGGAUAUUGUGCCGAUAUAUCUCGAACAUGGCCAGUCAAUGGGAGAUUCACGGGUCCUCAAAAGGAGUUAUACCAAGCAGUGUUGAAUGUGGAAAAGAAAUGCAUAGAAUAUUGUACAGAGAGCUCUAAUAUGUCCUUACAAGAUUUGCAUAAUGAGAGCGUAAAACUCAUGACUAGAGAGCUUCGUAAUUGUGGAUUUAGCGGCUUGACCCAAUGGGAAACAAUGAAAUUAUACCCUCAUUACAUUGGACACAACUUGGGAAUCGACGUCCAUGAUACUCCUGGUUAUGCUCGUAACAAAAAAUUUCAGGUUGGAAAUGUAGUUACUGUCGAACCAGGUGUUUAUGUGCCCGAAUCAAAUAAUUACCCCAGUUCAUUUAGAGGUAUCGGAAUUAGAAUUGAGGACGAUGUUGCCGUUGGAAAAGAUUCCAAUAUAGUUUUGACUGUCGAAGCCGCAAAAGAAAUAGAGGAUAUCGAGAGCAUAGCCGCCAAUGGUGUAACAACCCCUUUGUCAGAGGUUGUGAAUGUUUGGAGAGAUAUCAAAUGA